AACUUGCUAGCACUGCUAAAUAGCAGGAAGUGCUUUGUCUGUCGUUAGCCGACCCCUUUGCUUUCAACUUUGAUCAACUAGUGAGUAAAUCUUUCCUCUGAGAAGGAAGACAUCAGUCAAGCAAGAAAGAAAGAAAGAGGGAAAUGCAACAAUGAUGAGAGGACUGUCUGCUUUUAUUUUGCUCCAUGUAUUCACUGUGGUUCAAAACCUGGAGCUUCUUGAGCAGAUCUCAGCUAAACUUGGUGACAAUGUGACUCUGACUUGCCUAAUUUCUGGUGUUGAUGAUGGUUUAUUCUUUUGGUACAAGUUUCAGUUUGGGUACAAGUUCCAAAAAUUCAGUUCAGGCAAUUUUGGUCAAAUAAAACUGGAUAAGCAAUUUGACAACCCAAGAUUCAAUAUCGUUAAUGUAGGCAGCAUGUACUCUCUCGACAUAAGACAUGUUAGGAAAGAUGAUGAAGGCACGUACUUCUGUCAGGCAGGAGCAGCCUACAAACUCCGUUUCCUCAAUGGCAGCCGUUUGGUGGUGAAAGAUUCAAGAAAGAAGCCCAAACCCUUUUUUGUUCACCAAAGUUCAAAUGUGGAGGCAGUUUUUUUAGGUCAGUCAGUAAAUCUCCUCUGUUCAGUUCUGAUAAGCACCAAAGACAACUCAGACCAGUGUUCAGGUACACACAGAGUUUACUGGUACAGAGCUGGAUCUGAAUCUCAUCCACACCUUAUUUACACAACCAGUUCCAGCUGUGAUGUUCAAAAUGGAAGGAUCUGUAUCCACAAUAUGACCAAGACAAUAAGGAGCCUGUCGGAUUCUGGUGUUUACUACUGUGCCGUGGUUUCAUGCGGAGAAAUCCUGUUUGGUGAAAGAACCAAAGUGCAGAUAAAACAAUUGUGCCUCCCUGCCAUCAUCAUUGGAGCACUGUUAGCCUGUUGUACACUUGUGAACAUCAUCCUAAUCGGGAUCAAAACAAAGCAGCAGUGUGAUCAUUGCAAAGAAGAUCCCGUGGGCCAAGACAGGUCAUCUGAAGAUUACUGAAAUGAUUUGGAUGGUGAAGAAGAUCGUCAAUGAGCAAAAGAGUCACUAGACAUCUGUUUGUUUUCAAGCAAGAUAGACAAUCUGUUACAAAUAAAAUACAGGCUACUAUAAGGAAACUUGGAUUUUAUUAAUCAGAGUAAAUAAUAAGAAUAGUUUUUUUUAGUGUAUGCUUUUUAUAUAAUUAAAAAAACCUUAAUUGGAUUUUUUUUAUUAUUCAACUUUUUUUAAGCCUUCACAACUUUGUCAUAACAAAUAAACCUUCAGCAAUAGUGCUUCGCCAUUACAUAUCUUGGUCUAUUUUAGUGGUUUGGUUCUUGUUAAACACCAGCUGCAUAAACUGCUGUGAUUGAUGUCUCUACUUUGUCUAAACUGAGUCUGCCUGUUUCAAAAAGAGAGACAACACCACCCCCAUCCUGUCAGGUCAUUCAAAAUUUACCUGCAUCUUCAAAGCUUCACAAUGCUCAACUCUGUCUUGAAUUUUCUUCAACUAAGAUUCCUAGAGCCAAACCCAUAAAAAUGUAUCUGUGCUCCUUGAUAUUUGAUGCCACUUGUUUUUUAUUUUG